UUUGCUUUGUUGCUCUGUUUGUCCAGCGGACUGUUGACUGCAUAUGGUGCACGCUCCUUGUUCUUCUCCUCUGUGUCAGCCAAUCACCACCUCAGCAAAGCCAAUCACCACCUCAGCAAAGAUGACAUCAGUCUUUCUGUUUGCUUUGUUGCUCUGUUUGUCCAGCGGACUGUUGACUGCAUAUGGUCAAGCUUCCUGUCCUCCUGGUUGGAGAAAGUUUGGCUCUCGCUGUUUCGCUUUCUACAUCCAGACAAAGACCUGGAUCGAUGCAGAGACCUUCUGCCAGACCGCUGGUGGGAAUCUGGCUUCCAUCCACUCAGAUGCAGAACAUCAAUUUAUCAAAGCCUUCAUUCAGCAAGUGGCCGGUACACCGAGACCUUCCUGGAUCGGAGGCUCUGACGCAGUGAAGGAGGGUACGUGGUUGUGGACUGAUGGAUCCAAAUUCAACUACAAAACCUGGAAUGUGGGGGAGCCUAAUAACUGUUGUGGAGGGGAGGACUGUCUUACAAUGAACUGGGGUUGUAAACUGUCCUUACAGGAAAUAACUGGAAUGACUGGGCUUGUACCAACCAGGCUUCUUUCGUGUGCUCCAAGAACCUGUGUGUGUAACUCUAACCCACCAUCAGUAUGUGAUACCAUCCUGAUUCAUGCCAAGGAGAGGUUCUCCUUCACCCAGCACCUCAUCAGCGCAACACUGUUGCACGGAGAGUUGUUCCCACAACACAGUGUGAAGUUCCCCGAUAGAGCGCUUGAAACAACCGUGGAGGCGUACCCCAUGUUGAACAAGGCCAAGCUCAAAACCGAACUGUCCCUCAUCUAUGAGAACAGUGAGUUCAAGGCUUGUAGUGGUGCAGUGCCCCUGUACCAGUUCUUCAUGAAGAACAACCUUCAGAUCACUUUCACAGAGACUGUCAGCCUCCUCAAGAUCCUCAUCACCACACCCAUGACAACAGCUGAGUCAGAAAGCAUGCCUGUUGCGUUGCCUAUUUACUACCAAUGGCACCAUUUCAUGCACUCAACAGCGCAGCUGGACCCUCCCCCACAAGGGGUGACUGUGUCAUCAGCUUGUUCUUCUCCUCUGUGUCAGCCAAUCACCACCUCAGCAAAGAUGGCAUCAAUCUUUCCGUUUGCUUUGUUGCUCUGUUUGUCCAGCGGACUGUUGACUGCAUAUGGUGAACCUUCCUGCCCUCCUGAUUGGACUCAGUUUGGCUCUCGCUGUUUCGCUUUCUACAUCCAGACAAAGACCUGGAUCGAUGCAGAGACCUUCUGCCAGACCGCUGGUGGGAAUCUGGCUUCCAUCCACUCAGAUGCAGAACAUGCAUUCAUCAAAGCCUUCAUUAACCAAGUGACCGGUACACCGAGAACUUCCUGGAUCGGAGGCUUUGAUGCAGUGAAGGAGGGUACGUGGUUGUGGUCUGAUGGAUCCAAAUUCAACUACAAAAGCUGGGGUGUGGGGGAGCCUAACAACGGCGGAGUGGAGAACUGUCUUGAGAUGAACUGGGGCGGAGCAAACUGGAACGACAGGCCUUGUACCAACCAGGCUUCUUUCGUGUGCUCCAAGAACCUGUGUGUGUAACUCUAACCCACCAUCAUGAUGCCUCUACAGCUCAUCUAUAAUCUCUA